GCUCUGGACGUGGUUGCUUGGUAACCGCGUACGGCUCGCGACCGGUGCUCGCGACAUUUGUGUUGAAAGGCGGGACAUUUAACUAUUUUCUUCUUUUCUGGGCAUCCACAUAGAUUUCGACCUAUUACUAACAGGUGGGACGAAUCUUGUGAAAAUGGUGUUCUACACUCAACUCUUCACAUCCAACCGAGGACCCUUGUCUAAAAUCUGGUUGGCAGCACACUGGGAGCGGAAACUCACCAAGGCUCAUGUGUUUGAAUGCAACUUGGAAACAACCAUCAGAAAUGUCAAAGACAUCAUGUUUCCAAAGAUGAAAACAGGUUUGAGGACGUUUGGUCAUCUGCUGAUUGGUGUGGUCAGAAUCUACUCCAAGAAGACAAAGUAUCUUUAUGAAGACUGCAGCGAUGCCCACGUUAAAAUUAAAAUGGCAUUCAGGCCAGGUCAAACGGACUUGCCUGAGGAAGGGCUGGAGGCCAAACUAAAAGCAAUUACUUUGGUUGAAGACUUUACUGCAUUUGAUACUCAGCUCCCACUCUCCAGUGACAUGGAUGUUGUGGGCGACGCGUUACUGAACCAGUGUCGACCAGAGGAGAUCACCCUGAAGGAGGAUUUCAGAAAUGACUUUUUGAUCGUUAAAAUCGAUAAGACCCCGAGCCAGUCAGUCUCGCUGCUGGACAGAACCUUGGACAGCCUCACCCAACACGGUGACACAUUUGGGGAUGAGGAUCGUGGACUCGACUUUCUUGACUUCCUGACAGAUGGCAGCGAUCGUUUUGGGCUCCUAAACAGCAUCCUGGAUGAGCCACUUGACGAGAACCAAGAGAGCUCCACACCAAAUGAUCCUCAACAUGAAAGAGCUGAUGUUAUGGUAGAUCCUAUGGAGGUCAAUGCCCCCGCUCUGAAGACCCCCCUGCUCUCCGGUGUGGAGACGGCUUUUGUUCUGGAGCCCGUGGCCAUCACUCCAAACUCUGACAGGAAGAAGGGGAAGAGAAAGCGUAAGCUGGUGGUAGACCAGACCAAAGAGCUGAGCAGUGGGUCCAUCAGAGAUCAGCUCUCUGAUUAUUCAGAACUGAUUGGUCAGUUUGACAUGGCCCCACCCACAGAAAAGAUCAUGCAGUGUUUGGAGGGAGGAGGAGCUGACAGACUCUUUUCACAGCCGGGUUCCACUCCGGUGAAUCCACAAAUAAAGGAGCUGUUUGCCACAAGCGUCUUUAAGCUCAGACAUUUCAGUGUGACAGAGGAGGUUGAGGAAAUGCGUCAAGAUGGACAAGAAGUCUCCUCCUAUAAAGGUCAGAGGGACGUCAUCACAGGCAACAUCAGUGUCACACACUCUCUGGCCGAUGCUGAGGAAACACACUGCACCGAGCUGACGGCCCUCGAUCACGUGAAUGACAACCAGGAAACUAAUUCAGAGAUCCAACAGGAUGAGAACAACUCAGAGACCGGGUAUCCUGAGCUCCUAUCAGAGGACUCCAUGUUUGUCCAUCCAUCCCACAUGGAACUUGACUCGGCUUCCCUCCACACUCAGUCUCUGCUGGACAGCCAGGACUUAGAGGAGAAGAGGAGCACCAGGAGAGUGCUGAAGCUUCUGAGAGCUUUAAAACAGGGGCAGAGCAGCAGAGACCCCAUAUUCAGCGUGCAGGCUUUCUGUGAAGGAAACAACCGCUCACAGGCUGCAAAUACCUUCUUCUGCUUCCUGGUUCUGACUAAACAACAAGCCAUCCAGCUGCACCAGAGCGCUCCGUAUCAGGACAUCAGUGUGACACCAGGACCCAGAUUCUAUCAGUAAUUUUUACACGGUUCUGGUGGGCCUGUCUCGUGCAGAGGGACCGCACUUCUGAGUUUAAUGUGCAGAAAACUCCAUUCAGUCUUUUUGUAUUGAAAGUUUUCAGUUCACUGCUUUUUCACUUUAAGAGACAGCUAAACAGAUUCAUUUUAUUCCUGAAAAUGUCAACAUAAAAAAAAUCCUGAGUAAUAUUUAUAAACGUAAUAUUUUAAUAAACGCUAUCCUUGAGUGUAUUUAUAUUUAUACGACAGGUCGUGGUGUGCUGUAGCUGCUGUUAGUCCUAACGUUCCUGCAAGCUGUUUUUACAUGUUUGUUAUUUGUUCUAAAUACUUAAGCGGCUCCGUCCCAGGAGGUCCGUCCUCAAACCUCCACUUGACUUCAUCUGAGGAACAACACAGAUUAACACAAGCUUUUACAUACACAGUUACAAUAAACUGGCUUUGGUGUGAAACGA